AUGAAAUCCCCUCUUCAGGAGGAAGAGGGCCCAACCCCUGCGAAGCUCUGCGCCUUGUACGAUGUCGGUGGUGGGGUACGGCUGGCCGAUUCGUUUGCCAUUUACUCGGUCGUCGCGCUUCCCCCCGAGUGGACAACUAUCGAGAUCGACCCGAUAAUAUGCUCUCAACUCGAGAAGGCUGCUUCGCUAGUUGCAUCCAACAUCCCUAUAAUUUCCAACCUACUCGAUUCUCCGUUGCCUGACCUCGUUUCGUUGCCAUGUCCUCCUCGAGGACUCGCUCAAGGGAGCAGUUGUACAAACCCUGUUGACCACCUUCCCUGGUUUUUGAUACACGCAUCAAGAUAUCCGAAGCACUGUGUGUUUGGUCGCAGCGAUUUCUUGACAUCGUUGCUCGUUGUUCUCCAGCGACCGUGGUGCAUCCUCGAGCUGUGCUGCUGUGAUACCCCGACGAUAGCCGCACUUCACGAACUCGCGACUCUAGCCUUGAAUCUUGAUGCUUCGACCUAUAGACCUGCUCUCAGACUCUUAGCCCACGAGUUAUCACGCAGAAUGGACGGCCUCCCGAAGCUCUCUGUGGCCAAUCAUUUUAUAGGAGUGGCGCAUAACUCUCCUCAAAACCUUGAUUCCUUCAACAUGUAUAAGGAGCUUUCUAGAAGUUCUCUUCGAUCACAUAAUUCCUUCUGGAUAGGACUCAUAUCUACAUGUGCAGUCUACCUUGGUCUGGCAUUCUCUGAUAUGACGAAGAUGCUGGGCGAUCUGGUCAGCGACCCUCGAGCUACGAGCGCGGGAAAUCCCUGCGCUCUCAAUGCGAAACUCAGGGCUUUAUCAUCACAUAGUGCCUCCAUUCUCCCACCAGGCCAAGCGGGACCCCAAGUACAUAAUCUUGCAACGCGCAGAAGGCACAGCAUUGAUGUCAUCUCGCAUCCGGCAGAAGACUCGCAAAUCUAUGACACACCGGCCCUCACCAGCCACGCUGAUCCUCAUACUGAACGCGGCCAUGUACUAGAUAUUCUGAAGCUUUACGAUGGAAUCCUCAAAGGCUUCAGAGAGGAUAUCUGA